AUGACAUGUUCAAAAAUAUUUUCAGGAGAUUUACCUGAAUUAACAUAUAAAAUUAUAAAUUAUUUUCAGAAUGAUUAUUCAACCUUACAUUCAUGCAUUUUAGUUAAUAGAUUAUGGUGUCGUUUAGCGAUUCCAUUAUUAUGGGAAAACCCUUUUUCAAUUGGUACCGGAAACUAUAAUUUUAUUAAAAUUUACCUAAAUAAUUUAGAUGAUGAUCUUAAAACAAAAUUAAAUGAAUAUAAAAUUAUUAAUAAUUCAUUACCUUCGAAUCUACUGUUCAAUUAUCUCAAGUUUUUAAAAUUUUUGAAUAUAAACACGUUUAUUUUAUAUGUUGAGAGAUGGUUUGAAGUUGCUAUUAAAAAAAAUACAGUAGCUCGUCCUAAUAACUUGACUGAUAUAUGUGUACCAUUAUUUAAAAUUUUUAUUGAAAAUGAAAUAAAUUUGUAUACUCUUGAAAUUAAUGUCUCGGGUUACCGUAAUUUUGAUCUUACAUGUUUUGAUAAAAUUCUUGAGUUAAUUUUAAAAAAUACAAAUUUCAUUUUAAAUAUUAGCAAUUUAAAUCUUUAUGUUAGUGAUUACUUUGGAAAUAUAGGAGCUAAAAAUCUUUUAUCACAAAUUAUUAAUUUACAUAAAAAUCUAAAAAAAAUUUUAAUAUGUUAUUGUAAUUUACCUAUAUAUCAAUCAUUAUUAAUAUCAAAAGAUUCUAAUUGUUCAAAUUCCUUAAAUAAAAUCAUUUUCUAUUGCGUCAAUUUUAAAUUUAUAACCUAUUUAGAUAAAAUAUUUGAGCAAUUAAAUGCUUUAGAAUCCGUUCAUAUUAUUUAUUGCUCUUUUUUAAAUAAUAGUUUUAUUCAACAAAUUAUUAAUUUAACUAAACCAUUAAAAUUAAAAUCUUUAUUUAUGAAUGAUGAAAAGUCGGAAUCAAAUACUGAUGAAUCAUUACUAUUAUUAUUACAAAAAUCUGGUUGUUAUUUAGAAAAUAUUGAAUUUGGAAAUAGUUGUAAAUUAGAACUUGAACAACAAAUAUUUGAAUCAGUUAUAAAUUAUUGUAAAAAUAUCAAAUUUCUUAGAUUUGAUAGUCAGAUUGCUUUUCAAAUAUCCAGUUUAACUGAAAAUAUUAAACAUAAUCUUAAUUAUCUUUCAAUCAAUGAUGAUCCAUCAAGUGUUAAAAUUAGAAAAAAUUCAACCUUAUUACAAGAUUUAGGAAGAGCUCUCCCUUCUAAAUUAGAAUACUUAAGUUUAAAUCUUUUUAUUAAAGUAAAUGAUUUUAUGAUAUUCUUAGAAGAUUCUCAAGAUAUUGUUAUUAAUAAAUUGAUAAUAAUUCAAAGAGGUUGGGAUGAUAUUUUACAUUAUAUAAAGGAAUAUAUUAUGAAGGAAAAAAGAAUCAAAUAUUUAGCUUUCAUGAAAUUGAAAAAUUCUAUAGAAUUGUAUGAUUUGAAAAAUGAAGUGAAGGAAUUCAAGUUACAUAAUAUUAUAGUUCAAAAUUAUGUAAAGUUAUAUAUUAACGCUCAUGACUUUAUAGUGAAUACAGAUUAG